AUGCGUCUUUCGUACAGCGACCAGCUGAUUGGGCUUGAUCAGCAGCGCCGAGCAAAGGCAUAUGGGAGGGAGGCAAAGCGUUUUCAUCUCAAGCUUGUCAUCUUUGCUAGUGCGCUUUCGUACUUGGCAGCACGUGUUGCGGCGUGGAUAUACCCAAAGUCGGUCUCACAUACCUGGGUUGAUGAUGUUCUUGUUGAAGUUGUCGAAGAUGAUGGAUUAGAGCGUGUGUGCAGCAUCUUUGGAUGUGUCUUUACGGCCUCUUUGUUUUUUUUUGUCUUUCUGACGAUACGAGCGGACGUGCGUCGCAACUUUUUUCCUCCUUCACGUGGUUCUCGCGCUGCUGGUGAAAGAGGACAUCGGGUAAAGGGAUGGUCCGAAUCCUUCUCAUCGCUUGCUGUCCCUGCAUCAACUAUCUUUGGCGCUCUACCAAAGGCGGAUGGCUCUACCACCACCGCAGUUGGGAGCGCGCACCAUUUGCGACUGAACCAAUAUCAUCUGCCUCAACAGCAGCAGUCGAUCCGCACCGAGGCACAGUUGAACCAAUUUCUUUCAUCAAAGGAAUCCUCUAGCGAAAAUGGUGGUGGGGCACCGCUGGCUACUGUCACGGCUGCUGCCGCUGCUUCUUUUCCCACGGCAACGCCCUCCGCUCCUGCUGUCACUUCAUCGGCCCCCGGUGCGGGAAGUGUGUUCAGUGGGCCGCUAGUGGGUGGCGGCAUCGCGGCGGGUCCGUCGGACGGCAUUCGUGUACAGUAUCUUGGUGGCGCCGAGAAGCAGAGUGCGGCGCAGCCGGUGGACACGGAGUGGGCUGGUCUGGGCAUUCUCAGUGCUGAGCGCUCAAUUCUAAAGGCGCGCAGGUGGCUAUCGGAUCUCUGCCAAGAACUGGUGGAGGAGACAGCCGCCUGCGACCGCUGGUUUGCGGAACGUCAGAUCAGUUCUUUUGACACCACACAUUGUCUGCACGAGACUAUCCCUGGACCUCGGCCAUCCAAUUCAGCGGGUGUUGGCGUUGGUCUCCCGACUCUGCUGUCGUCAACGACACCCGCGGUUUUACGUAAGCUUGACGCUCUAUUGAACGAACGGCAGAAACUUGCGGGUCAGGCGCAGAAUGUGCAGAAUUUUGACGUCAUCCUUCAUCUUGACCAGCGACUUUCUCUUGAGGCUAAACUCGAUCCAUCCGGCACCUUUCCUUCGGCGUCACCUCUAUCGGUCGCAGAGCAGCAGGCGCAGCGGCAGUAUGUUAUCAAGCGACUGCGCGCCUUUGCGUCCCAGAAGACGCUGGCCUCAUACAGACACAACCACGGCGAUGCGGACGUCUGGCGGGAGGGCUUCCCCACAGACGCCCAUUUGCUGAUCCAUAUUGUUCGCGUCUGCGUUGAUGGGUUUGCUAACUACGUGAAGUUUUUACAUCAACCGAUGAACCCACAGCAAGACCUGGCAAUAUUUGUUGGUGAUACCGGAGAGCCGUAUUUUUACGUGCGGUAUCGUAGUGGACCAGAUGACAAGACGUAUGCGACACAUCAGGGUGUAAACUCCCUCUUUGAGGCAUUGCUGAUUUUUGCGGCGAUUGUGCGCGCGUACCACAACGACUCCUACGGUGGCAUCUGGGGUGUCAUGGACUUAUCGCAAACAGGCCUGCUGAAUGUGUUGUAA